UUUAUCGGGAGGGGGCGUGGUCUCCCAGUGGAGGUCGGGCGCGAGCGAACAUGGAGGUUUAGUUAGUGUGUGACACCGACUGGAGGAGGAAGCACCGUGAGCGCGCGCUUCACUCAACCGGCUUUUGUUUUCACUUUUUCUUUGUUCCGCUUUGUUUUCGUUGUUUUCUCCGCCCGAGCUUCGGCCUCCAGCAUGGAGAUGAAGAAGAGGAUCAGCCUGGAGCUGCGGAACAGAAACCCCGCGGAGGUG